GUCGCUCCGCCUUUUCGCCAACGCCGGCGAAUUACCGCGGCCCGGAUUGCACAUACGAGCCGCAGGACUGCAGGCAGCACGCAAGUAGAACCUUCUUUGCUUGAUGCCCGGGUUGUGGCCGCGGUGGUUCUGGCUGUUGUGGCCGCAGCGUGAAGUGCCGAGCGUCAAUACGAAGCGUAUGCGUUGCGCUUUGCGCUACAGGCCUGCAAUUGUGGAAACCCCACUGUUUUGGGCCAAAGCUUCUCACAUUCAGUGCGCUUUGUGUUUUGCCUAUUUCGCAGGGUGGCUGGCUGCACGGGCCGCGGCCUGCACACAAGGGCUUCCGGCGCUCACCCAAUUUCUCGCCCAGGGCCGUCGACUGGGGCAUAAUUGUCUCCGGAAUCUGCUCGACUUCUUUUCCUUUUUCUUUUUUUCUUUUUGUUCCACACAUUUCCCGGUCGAAACCUACUUUACACUAUGCACAGAACUUACUCCAUGAGAUCCCAGAGGGCCCCAACGGCUGCCCAGAUGCAAGCCCCCCCUCCUCCCACCUCGUCCACCAAGUCCAAGUUUUUUGGUAAGGGUUCUCUUUCCCACUCCAUCAGAAAAUCUGCCGGCGGCGCCUUUGGCCCUGAGUUGGCCCGGAAAUUGGCCCAAUUGGUCAAGAUGGAGAAGAACUUGAUGAGAUCCAUCGAGAUCACCGCCAGCGAGAGAAAGGAGGUGGCCAAGCAAUUGUCCAUUUGGGGCGAGGGCAACGACGACGACAUUUCCGACAUCACCGACAAGUUGGGUGUUUUGAUCUACGAGAUCGGAGAGUUGGAGGACCAGUUCAUCGACAGGUACGACCAGUACAGAAUCACGUUGAAGUCCAUCAGAGACAUCGAGGGCUCCGUGCAGCCUUCCAGAGAGAGAAAACAAAAAAUCACCGACCAGAUUGCCUACUUGAAGUACAAGGACCCUCAAUCGCCCAAGAUCAACGUGUUGGAGCAGGAGUUGGUCAGAGCCGAGGCCGAGUCCUUGGUUGCCGAGGCCCAGUUGUCCAACAUCACCCGCGAGAAGUUGAAGAUUGCCUUCAACUACCAGUUCGACUCUGUGCGUGAGCACGCCGAGAAGAUCGCGUUGAUUGCCGGCUACGGCAAGGCCUUGUUGGAAUUGUUGGACGAGUCUCCUGUUACUCCUGGUGAGACCAGAGCCGCGUACGACGGAUACGAGGCGUCCAAGCAGAUCAUCAUCGAUGCCGAGAACGCCUUGGCGUCGUGGACUUUCGACUCUGCUGUCGUGAAGCCUACUUUGUCUUUUGCCGCCCACGAGGAGGAGGAGGACUACGACGAGGAGGACUUGGCCGACGAGGCUGAGCACUUGAAGAUCACCGAGGACCAGUGGGCCGAGGAGAACAAGGUUGCAGCCUAAGCAGAGUAGAGAAGAUAAAACGAACUUCGAACGUAUAGCCGAUAUUUCCUUUUUGUAUCAGUAUUAGAAUUGUUCCACGGC